UCUUGUCAUUUUUCGAAACAACCCAUGACAAUGUCGCUUCCUGUCCAUAUACAAUGAAAAUUGUCACAUGUUAAAACAUCGCCUAUUCUUGAUUUUCUUUGUUAUUUACGGACCACACUAUCCUCUCUUCUUCUGCACCUCACAUCACCACUGAAGUUGUUCACUUGUCUUUUCUUCUUUCUCUUUAUUGUCUCUCAACUGAAGUGGGAGGAAGCAUUUUCUGUUCUUCCUUUUUUCUGAGGUCCCAUGGAUGGAAAGAAACCUGUUUUAUCAGAGCAAAUGUUACCGAGGGGAAAGGUCUUUUCUAGGCUUGGCUGGGGGUUGGUAGCGUCUCUCAUUGUAAUCACUGGACUAUUGCUUAACAAUUCUCUUAAGGGUCCUGUUGUGGGGUCUCCGUUCCAAGGGUCUUAUAGUGUUAGAAGUGCCACCGUUUCACUUCAUUCCUCUCUUCAACCUCCUCCUCCUCCUUCAUCUUCUUCUUCCCUUCAGAGGCCUGUGGAUGCUGAGAAAACGAUUGAAAUUGACAAUGCGUCAAAGGUUGCUGAACAGCAAGAUUUUUUGGAGGAGAGUGAGGGCGAUGAGGUGGAUUUAGAGGACGGGGUGGAUAUUGAUAUAGAGGGAACCCAGUUGGAGAAUUCUGAUGAGGGGACUAAAACUGGAAACUUUGGUGUUGAAGAAGAAGGAAAGAUUCAACAGGCAACCCAAGAUGCAAAUGGCUCAAUUGUUCCUGAAAGUGGUAACCCUCUAAGCUCAAAUGGAGACGGAGUGAUUUUGGAGAAGACCCAUUUGGGGAAUUUCUCUAAGACAGUAAAUAAUGGAACUUUGGUUGGUGAAAAUGUGAACGCCAAUAAAGCUAUUGAAGGGGAAUUUGUUGAUCAUCGUGGUGAUGCUAAUAAUAUGACCACAGAAAACAACAAUGUAGGCAAUUUGUUAAGUAAUGGGGAAAAAGUUGUACUUCCUAUUGGAGAAGAGAAGGCUAUGGAAUUGAUUGAUCAAGGACCUGAUGGUUCUUUUGAGACUUGUGAUUUCUUCGAUGGUAGGUGGGUGAGGGAUGAUCAUUCAAAGCCAUAUUAUCGUCCAGGUUCUUGUCCUUACAUUGAUAAGGAUUUUGAGUGUCAGCGCAAUGGAAGGCCUGAUAAUGGCUACAUUAAAUGGAAAUGGCAGCCAAAUGGAUGUGAAAUACCAAGGCUGAAUGCAACUGAUUUUCUGGAGAGACUGAGAGGAAAGAGGCUGGUUUUUAUUGGGGAUUCCCUGAAUAGGAACAUGUGGGAGUCUAUGGUGUGUAUUCUCCGCCGUAGCGUCAAGAAAAAGAAAAGAGUUUAUGAAAUUUCAGGAAGGAGUGAUUUUAAAAAGAAAGGUUUUUAUGCUUUCAGGUUUGAGGAUUAUAACUGCUCAGUGGACUUUGUUGCUGCUCCAUUUCUUGUUAAAGAAUCAUCUUUCAAGCGAGAAAAUGGAUCAAUUGAGACACUAAGAUUGGAUUUGAUGGACCCAUCAACUUCAAUGUUUCAUGAUGCUGAUCUUAUGGUCUUCAAUACAGGCCAUUGGUGGACCCAUGAGAAAACUUCCAAAGGAGAAGAACUUUACCAAGAAACGUUGACACAUGUUUUACCUGACUCCAAAAGUCUAAGCUUAUUUCAAGGCACUGCACAACCAUGGUCCAGAUGGGUAGACAAGAAUGUUGAUAGCAGUCGAACUCAGGUUUUUUUCAGGGGAUAUUCGGUUACCCAUUUCUGGGGAGGCCAGUGGAAUUCUGGAGGACGAUGUCACCAGGAAACUGAGCCCAUCUCUAAUGAAACUUACUUGACAAAGUACCCUUCCAAAAUGAGAGCUGUAGAAUAUGUUCUUCAAAAUACCAAAACUCCAGUUAUAUAUCUGAACAUAAGCAGGCUUACAGAUUACAGAAAGGACGCACAUCCUUCUAUUUACAGAAGAGAAUAUAAGACGGAAGAAGAAAGGAAUGCUGCAGUGAGAGUUCAAGAUUGCAGUCAUUGGUGCUUGCCGGGAGUACCUGACACUUGGAAUGAGUUGCUAUAUGCUUCACUGCUGAAGGCUGGAAGGGGAAUUUGGAGAAACUGAGCAAUGUUUAUAUACAAAACUACAGGUUUAGUAUGUUCAAAAUGGCAUGUUGAGUGGGGUGAAGAAGGCAAAUGUAGAGUCGUUAUGAGUUCCACAUUGAAUUUCAAAUUGGAAACACUAGAAGUUCUAUGAUUCUUGUGUCUUGAUUUGAAGUACCUAUUGCAUUCAAAUUCCCACUUGUAUGUUUAGAGAAAAACAUUGAAUUCUACCAGACUGCAGCUUAAAGCAAGAUUUUAAUGGAAAUCCAUA